AUGUUCAGAAGGCCACCUACUGAACUCGAAUUGAAGAAUGAAGAUAUCGAUGCGAUGGAGGAUGCAUUACUGAAAUUGGCUAAUAAAAUCAAGGCAAAGCCUGUCGAUAUGGAAGGUGGUGAUGAAGCCGAAGUUCAGCCUCGAAUGGGAUUACCACCAUCACCCAGAAUUGUUUCACCUUCAGCACGCGAUUCAAAUACCACUGAACAGUCUGACGUUUCUGCUUUAUGA